AUGGUAAAUUUCGCCAAUAUAAUUAAUGGAAAAGAUCAAGUGGUCAUCUUAGUUGAUGCUGCUACUAUACCAUACUUCGAAGGGAAAGUACCUUCUAAUAUUUUAAUCAAAGCAAAGAUGGAAGAUAUUUGGAUUCGUGAUUUUUCUUCAGUUAUUCCUGCCAGACAAAUUAAAUUUAAAUUCGCACCUGGGUAUCACAAACAUUCAGAUGCUAGAGAAAUUGAAAAUAGAUUUAAAAAUUGGAUUUCUCAAAACCAACUUCAAUAUGAUAAAACAUCUAGUAUUAUUCUUGACGGUGGCAAUGUCGUUGAUAAUCCUUCUGGCAUAAGGGCUAUUGUAACUGAUCGUAUCCUUCGAGAUAAUCCAUCUUUUACAAAAGAAAGUGUCAAAGCAAGUCUUAUACAAUCAUUAGGCGUUAAUGAGGUCGCUAUUAUUAAAGAAUUGCCGGAUGAUACUACAGGUCACGCCGAUGGUAUGGUAAUGUGGGCGACUGAUGAUCGGAUUUUAUUUAUGACAGAGACUGAGCCAAUACGUUCGGAAGUUAUAAACGAAUUGAAAAAUUCGUUCCCUAACGUAGAAGUUAUCGAAGUACCUAAUUAUUAUGUACAUGAAACUUGGAGAGGUUUUACAUCCGCUCGUAAUGUUUAUGUAAAUUCUAUUGUUACGGAUGAUUAUAUUUAUAUGCCAAUCUUCAACAAUCCUCAUGAUACUGAAAUGUUGUGUCUGUUCCAAUCACUUACCAACAAAACGGUCGUACCAAUUUCAGCGGAAAAUAUUUGCAUCAUGGGUGGUAGCACACGCUGUCUUAGCUGGCAAAUCAAAGGUUCAAAUAAGUUGAAAAUUUUGCAAGCAGCUGUACAAUAA